UGUUCACCAUCUAGCUCUGCACACGGCCCUGCAGUGGAACCUCACCCAGGGGAAUUUCUGUUUCAAUCUGUUUCAACAUCCCGAUUUUCUCCAUAAUCUCCUUCCCACCUUUAAAAAGAAGAUAUGUGGCAAACUGAGUGCUUUCUUCAGAAAGGCUCUGCUUGAACAAGUCACAGGUUGCUUCUGGGCUGUUUGGGCCAGACCUUAACAGCAAGAAGAUGGUUCGACGUGAGAUUCUGCUUCUUGUUUUGUGUGUGCUGUCACAAGCUGCAGCCUGCUUCCAGCUCAUCACCCCAUCCAAGUGGGGAGCUCACCUCGCCAACUGCUCAGCCCCUUUGAAGACCCUCUUGCCUGAAUAUGUCAUCAUCAUCCACACGGCUGGAACAUCAUGCGAGACGCAGGUCGAAUGCAGCAGGGAAACAAGGGGGGUCCAGGACUACCACCUGAAAAUCAAAAGAUGGUGUGACAUUGCCUACAAUUUCCUGAUUGGUGAAGAUGGGAACGUGUAUGAAGGACGAGGGUGGCGCAGUGAAGGAUCCCACACCUAUGGCUACAACGACUUGUCUCUUGGCAUUGCUUUCAUAGGUUCCUUCACAGAGAGAUCUCCAAACCCAGCAGCAUGGAAAGCCCUGAAGUGCCUGCUUGACUUCUCUGUGAAGAUUGGCUACCUGGAUCCUUACUACCUCAUCACAGCGCACAGUGACAUCAGCAGCACCAUAUCCCCCGGAGAACCUGUCCGUGCAGAGAUUGCAAAGUGGCCAAACUAUAAGCACCACUGAGAAGGACUUUUUCUGAGUCUGACUUUUCUUGCCUUUCUCUCUGGAAAGAAUGAGAACGGAUGAAGGGAGAGAACGGAAUGGAUGAAGGGAGAGAAUGAGGAGACAUUUUUCUGGUGUUGAAUUAUUUCAGCUAGCUAGCUCAGCUCAAGAAUAUUCCAUUCUGUUAGAGUUUUGUUUUUCCCUCCUUAGUGUUUUUUCCCCACUAGGGAAUUGUUUUUUUUUGUAUUUGUAUUUGUAUUUGUUUUUGCAAAACCUUCUGGUUCUCCAGCACCUGUUGAUGCCGCCUUGCAUGCAGGGAAGGUGCUAUUUUGAUUAUGUAAGGGCCAGCACUUGGAGAAAGUAUUUGUCUGUAUGAUUUGGUGUUAGAGACCUAAGAAUCUAAACAAUGGUGCUCGAAAUAAAGGAACAUAAGAGGUCUGCA